GGUUGUCCAAAGCUGGUACAAAGCUUCUAAAAGUCAUGUUCUUAGUCGCUAAGCGUCAACUAAAGAAUACGCGGUUUCUGAUGGAGACAGAGGGCGAGAGAUGCAAGAAUAUGACAGAUGCGGAAACCGAGGGGCUGAGACAGAGGAACUAUAUACGCUGGCAGACGGAGUGUAUGCCGUGUGUGAUGGAGCAAUGUGCCGACAGAACACUCAGCUGUGCACUGGACGACCUGCCUCGCUAUGAGCCGGACUGUGCCGACAUUCGCAGCACGAGAAAUCCGGCAGAUGUCGCUCACCUCUGCAGCUACUACCGACGCGAAUGUUCGCCCGAUAUCUUCUGGACGGACCGCUGCCAGCGACACGCUCAACUGCGAUGCAGCGACCGUGUCGCCUCUUGUGAUCCGUGUGACGGCAUAGCCGCGCCGUGGCUAUGUGACACCUUACACCACAGUCUCGAUCUACAGGACACCGUGGGAGAGUUUGUUGACGACGCUGUGCACUGGUUCCAACACGAUUUCGUUGACUUCUUUAAGGACGAUGUUCACACGUUUUUCUCUGACGACGUCACACACUUCUUCCGCGAAGACAUUCCCGAUCUAUUCUCAAUGGAUAUCCGAGAUUUCUUCGGCUCUGUCCACGAUUCAGAGUACGGGUUCCUCCCGCACGGCGAUAGCUACGACGACUACGAUGACGAUGGCUUCUACCAUCAAGAAGCACCCUCUGUGUUUGACCAAGAACUCGAGAUGUUUCUUGAUGAAACCAGCGCUAACAUAGCUGACGUCAUACAAGAGGUUGAACAUUUCUUUCAACAUGAUUUCAAGCCUUUUUUCGAAGAGGACUUUGUGGUGUUCGUGGAAGAGGAUUUGCCCGUGCUCAUGCAGGAGAUGGGAGAAACCCUAGAGGAAGUGGCGAGUGACAUCGAGGAGGGGAUGGGGAGGACUGCGAAUCGUAUAGAGGAGAUGGCGCAGGAGGCAGCCCGGGAGCUGGGCGGGUUGUGGAACAAGCUGGGGAAGAUGAUAGCUGGAUGGACAGCUGACCACGACUCACGCUCUCGUCCCAUCUCGCGACCAGCUGCCGGCAGGGGGCGCUACGCUCGGUCGACAAGCCCCAGGACCCCGGAUCUAGCUCCAUUCUGUGGGACGCUCCUGCAGGAGGGGGAGGAGAGGAAGCUGGCAUGUCUGUACUUCACACGCCACUGUCCGUGCGAGAAGGAGGUCAUCGCCAUCGACUUGGACCAGCAUUGUCCGAUGUUCGUGAAGGCACAGAAGACGUAUGAGAACGUGACGAAAACAGAGAGCUGGCUUAUGAACAUCAACCCAUCGGAACUCGUCGUCCGGUUUAACAAGGUUUCCGUCGACAAGCGUAGGGAGGUAAGGCAGGGCGUGUACCUGGCCGUGUUUAACGUGAUGAUCGCAGGCAGGACCGUCACCUAUGAGGCCAACUACGGCGUCACAGAGAGCAGAUUCGGAGAGACAGCAGAGGAUGUCCUCAUGGGAGCCGUGCGCGCCUACAAACACGCGACGAUCAACUAACGUUCAGCUUCGUUCGCUCUCUCGCGUCCACAUUCAACUCAAAUUUCUAUUAACGCAUUAUACGCACACGUUCGCGUAGUACGCAUGCGCGUGUAAAUUUUCAAUGAUGUGGAUGUUAAUAACAAGGUUUGAGGGUAUCGCAGCUUGGAAUGUCAGCGCUUGGCAUUGUACGCCAGCAGUGUUUUAAAAUGAACAACGUCAUAAAUAAGUCAUCGACAUUGAUCUCGAGCCAAAGAACAAUCAGCAGCAAAGCGAACAAAGUUCUUUUGAUACCUAUACAUGGCGCAGCUAAUAAUUUACAUCAUUAACGCUGUUAUUUUAUUACUCAUUACGAAUGGAUGGUAUGAAAUCAAUGGCACACCUAAUCUAUCUAUCAUCUCUACACAUUUAUCAGUAUAUAUUUGCAAUUAAUAACUCGCAGGUCUUGGUAAGUUAUUCGCUGGAUAGAUUUUCUAUAGACCGUAAUAUAACAAAUGAAAUAUAUUUGAUAAAAGCUGUCACGUCAAUGUGUAAUGAUAUACGAUGAUAUAAUAUAAUGAUAUACGAUGAUAGAAUAUAAUGAUAUACGAUGAUAUAUUAUAAUGAUACUAUAAGUACGCA